CUGGAAAACACCUUCAGUAGGCACCGCAGCGAAUUCGAAGGCUCAUUCAUAAGUGUCCAUAAAGGAAGGACGAAUGGCCUGGGGAACCUCGUGCCACUGAGUUAGUGCAAAGAUGGCUGCAAAAGCGGCGCGAAGAUAGACCUCUAUGACCUCUAUGACCUCUAGCGACUUGUUUCUGAGCCGUCAACAAAAUCCACGACACCGCUCCUUUUCUUAUUCUUCUUCCCUUGCGAUGUCGCCCUCAGCGGUGGCCGUUUCGGCCCCCGGCAAAGUUCUAUUUGCAGGAGGUUUUCUUGUUCUCGACAGGAAACAUACAGGACUUGUCUUCGGCCUCAACGCGCGCAUUCAUGCUCACAUUGAACCAUGGAACGAGCCGCCCAAAACCUUGAAAGGAACUAGUAUUCUUGUCCAGUCACCUCAGUUCGUCGAUGCAAAGUGGCUUUACAGUAUUUCCGAACCGCACGGUGAAAAGGUAGCCGUCAAUGUCACACAAUCACGGGACCAGGCUGGAUUUACAACGAGCUCGAACAAAUUCGUCGAGACCACUCUUCGCUAUGCGUUGACCUAUAUCUCUCACCGAUCCGAGGAUAUCGCGACGAAUGUCAAGAUCACCAUUUUGGCUGAUGAUGAAUAUUAUUCACAGUCAACGGAAGCCUCGAAACCAUCGUCGAGUUGUUUCACCAGUUUCGGAGUGAAGUUGAGGGACGCACACAAGACAGGACUGGGCUCGUCUGCUGCUCUUGUCUCAUCUUUAGUGUCUGCACUUCUGGCGUUUUACCUCAAGGCUGGCAGUGAUGCUCAGCUACCUCAUAAGGUUAUUCAUAACCUGGCUCAAGCAGCGCACUGUGCAUCUCAAGGCAAGGUUGGCUCAGGGUUCGACGUUGCGGCGGCGGUUUAUGGCUCUUGCCUUUACCGUAGAUUCAGUCCCUCGAUCUUAGAAGCAGUGGGAGAGCCUUCCAGUUCAGGCUUCCCUGAACGACUCCAUCUCUGUGUAGAUGAUCUCGAUCCGGAACGGAAAUGGGAUGUCGAGGUAGCCAGUCAGGCAGUCAGGAUUCCCAACGGCCUCAUACUGGUCAUGUGCGAUGUUGACUGUGGUUCGGAAACACCUGGGAUGGUUCGAAAUGUUCUCCAAUGGCGAAAAGACAAGACAGAGGAAGCCAACGUGUUAUGGAAUGCCAUACAGCAGGGGGCGGAAGAGCUUUGCCAGGAAUUGCGACGGCUCGCCGAGGUGGACGGCAUCGAAUGUGAUGGGUUCAAAUCCCUUGGAGACAUUCUCCUUACUAUUCGGAGUUUGGUCAGGGAAAUGUCUGCCAAGUCUGGGGUACCUGUUGAGCCGCCAGUGAUUACGGAACUGUUGGACUACUGCACGUCAUUGCCGGGGGUGGUUGGAGGUGUUGCUCCUGGUGCAGGAGGAUACGACGCAGUUGCGCUCCUGGUAAAGAAUGACGUCGAGGUGGUUCAGCAUCUGCGGGAUCGCUUGGAAGGCUGGAAGGCAGAGGAUGAUUCGGGAGCCACCAUCGGACAUGUGAGGUUACUGGGAGUCAAGCAGGAGAAGGAAGGAGUAAGGACGGAAGACGUGGGUCAGUAUGCUGGAUGGCUAUGAGCGGCAGUAGGUAGUUUCACAUUAUUUGACGCAAUUGAGCGACAGCAAGCCGAGUACUGAAAUCAUCA